CUAAUGGCUUUUGUGUGAAGGCGGGGAGGAGCUGACUCGGUUAGGCAACCGAUUAGCAACAAACAGAAGGUUACGAGUUUGGAAAUCCGGUCUGUUCGAUCACCAGGCAGAGUUUACGGUAACUGGACCGGGGUGUAACUAUGUCGGGUUUGUAAGAGGAGCCUGUUCGGUUGCUGUAAGUGAGGGCCAACUGGCGAUUUUGUACAACAUAUGGGGACUGACCGCGGAGGAAACCUCGCUUUUAGGUCGUCGGAGUGGCGAUGCUGAGCCGAGAGCUGCGUCAUCAUGUAGCUUCCAACGCGAGUUGUCGAAAAGAAAUCUCAAGUUAACGCCAGAGGUGAGGCUGCCCGCCGCCAUCCAGCAGCCACCUAGAAGGAGGAGGAGAAGGGAGGAGGAGGCCACUCCCGAGCCCCUGAAGUGUGGAUGGAAGACGGGCUGCUGAUGAGGAAGGCUCGGUGGUGAAACUGGUGACUUUACAUCACUUGGCUCUAAGCUGUUGGCGCGUUUAUUGAGGCUUGAUUGUGCUGAACACUGUUGGAUGGACAUUCAAGUAUCUUAGGCUGAUGCUGCCUUGCGUUCGAAGUAGUCGUAGUUCACUGUGGUAUGAUUCACGGAGCGUGUUAACCUACAGUAAAUAAUAUAUAUAUAUUGUGAUGUAAGAUUAUCGAGAAGUGGACACUAACAGUGGGCGUUAAUGGUUGGAUUCUUUCAGAGAAAUGCUGCUGAUCUACAUCCUCAUAGAUGCUGGAAAACUAACUUAUUUAAGGAAAAUCUUCAGGAUAAUAUUGACAUAAAGACAGGAGUCGAAGUCGGGCUCUUAGUGGGGUGAUAGUUGGGGUGUUCUGUUAUCUGCUGUCAUCACAUCCACGUGGACUCUGCCUGGGGACCGUGGACAAAAGUUCAGCUCCCUACCGUGACGCACGCGUUCCACUCAAGUGAGUUAACACUUCCAAGAAGUUAGAUUUUCACACGAAACAAUGGCAGAAAUGUCCGUCAGUUGUCCCCCUAAAACCCGCUGCGUAAACGCCUUGACGUUUUGUUCGUGUAAAUCGUGGUCGGAUGGACACAGGGAAAGAUCUGGUCGUGUGGAAACAGCUGGGGACUCGAAAGGGUGUGGACACUUGUCGCCCAACUUUGAGGUGAUAGGUGGACUUCUCUACCGCAAGAAGCUAGAGAAGGGCUUCAUCAACUACCGUGAAGUUCUGGAGGAGGAUCGGAGACACGAGGCUGUCUCCACAUUUCACUGUCGUCGACCUGGUCAGCAGCACCUCUCCCUGGAGGAGACCUACAAAAGUGUGGCUGAAAACUACUGGUGGGAAGGGAUGUACUUCCAGAUCAGAAAUUUUGUCCUGAGCUGUCAACAGUGCCAGAGCCACACAGCCAAGAAAAACAAGGAGUCAAGUGGCAGAGGAUGUGUCUCAAAGACAAUGGCUUCACACAGCACGGACAUUCUAGACAAGUUGAAUAAUCAGCGAGAGGCGGGGCUGUUCUGUGACAUCAUCCUGCGAACGAACGGCCGGUCGUUCUCGGCCCACAAAGCUGUUCUGGCAGCCGUCAGUGAUCACUUCCAGGAAAUCUUUAUGGAGAUGGACUCGAGCAUGAAAGCUGACGUAGAUCUCACUGGUUUCAGUGAAGACAACCUUCUGUCUCUGCUGGAUUUCUCCUACUCUUCCACUCUGUGUGUUCGCUGGGAGGACCUACCAGAAGUCAUCACUAUGGCUCGCCACCUGGGCAUGUGGCCCGCAGUAGAGGCCUGCUCUGCCCUCAUGAAAGAGGAAGUGCAACAUACAGGGAAAGGCUUUAACCUGGCCUGUGCCGGUGCCUGUCGUGAUCAUCUACAUCAGCAGAAGGAAAGCAAAAAGAAGAGAGUUUCAGAUGAAGAUGUAAUUCCAGAUGGAUUCAAUCUGUUACUAGAUGUAUCAGCGGAGUCUCUGGAAGGGAGUCCGAGGCGUAACCUGCGCAGAAAAGUACAAAGUCAUAACGGCCUCCCUAUGAGUCCAUCACAUAGAAUAAGGCUCAUGGACUUUAAAUCCCCCUCCACAAAAAAACCUGUGACACCUCGACACACCGUAGCCAGCCUUCAGCCACAGAAAUACUCUCCCAUAUCCCCAUCAAACACGCGUCUCCUACGCUCCAGUCCAGGGGCUGCCAAAGAGGUUCAGAGACUGCUGCCUAUGUCGGAGAGCAAACGACCAAUCAAAAAAACGCGCCCUGUUGCUCUACAUGCGCGCUCCUCCAGAUCCAGGCAGAACACAGCAUGCAGCCCAGUGAGAAUAAAACAGGAAGUUGAGGAUGUUGGAGAAGAUGAGGAAGAUUACGCAAGGGCGCAGGAGAAGUACAAGUUAAUGAAUGUUCUGGGGCUUCAGAGGACCGCUCUCCUACCAAGACCUGAAGAUCUCAUUGGCUGGAGACAAAAGAAAAGACUGAGGAAGCUGAAGGUGAACAACUAUUCACUGACGAAACGAAGGAAACCACAAAGCAACGCCUCGCCUCUACCCUACGGAGAUAUGACACUGUCACUCCCGCUUUGUAACCCGGCCAAUACUCGCCUUCUGUACACAGCGGGGAAAAUGAAGCCCGUGGUCAAGGUUGGGACAGAGAAGGUUACAGCCAAGAGGCCCAAAGCUGCCUUGCGUGUUCCUCCAACAGACAGGAGCAUGAGAAGCAAAGGUGUGUUACCAGACCUUUUCCAGCCUGGAGCCAGGUCUCCCUUUGGAGCAAGACAACUCCGAAGGUCAGUGAGAAUGGAAGACCGUUCCCUUCUGUUCUCCCAUCAGCCUCGGCGGCGUAAUACUAACAAGCCUCCCGUAAGAAACACUGUCAGGAUCAAAUCAGAACCAGUCGAACACUCUAUCUCAGGUUUUUCAUCAGACAGUCUGUGUGGAAACACCUCCUGUAGAUCUCCACCUCCACAUGGAGUACAAGCCAGAAAAAAGGGCAGAGACGCAGAGGUUAAAACUGUGCGCUACAACAGUGGCCGACCAGCAUCAAAACCAAAGCCUAAACAAGCCUCUGCAAAACAGGCCGAGGAAAUCAAGUGCAAGUCCAGAGAAGAGGGGAGGAAAGUAGAGAGCCAAAGGCUGAAAGGGGUCGUGGACGCCCGGCUAGGAUUUAAAGAUAAUAGUGAAUCAAGUGGGCCCCAGUUUUCAGAGCACGGACCUCCACCUUCCAUUUACAGCCAUCCACUGUAUAAAGUCAUUAAAGAGGAGCCAGCAGACCCAGUGCCAGUUGGCGGACCAUUCCCCGAUCCUCCUUCACCAGACCUGGGCAAACGCCAGAGCAAACCCCCCAUCAAGUUACUGGACUCUGGCUUUCUGUUCAGUUUCUGUCGGUCAGCAGGGGGCCCCAUGGCAGCCAUAAAGAAGGAGGAGGAGAGUGUGGAUAUCUGCCUAACGCGCUCGGUGUCACAAGUCGGGAAGAGAUUUGGAUCUGAAGAACCUCCUCACAGGGCGCUGAGGAACAGAGGGCCACCCACCCUGCCUGUGGUGAAGAAGGAGAGGAAGGAGAGGAAAGUGAGCCAUAACAGGUAUCAGAGACCAAGAGGACGUCCACGAAACAACACGAUGGCCGGGUCUGCUGCUACACAGGUCACACAGGUCAUACCAAAGCAAAAAGGUAAAGUUCAGGCUGUAAGCGGCAGGAACUGUGUCAUGCUUGAUGCUGUACGAAGAGCUCGGCUAAAACAGCUCCGGGGUCCUCGUAGUCAGGCGCCCACUGCUCCAAAGGCGGCUCACGCCUGUCUACAGUGUCCGGAUGUCUAUAAAGACUGCGACGCUUUAAUCAUGCAUCGUCUCAGGCACGUUAACGGCAAGCACUGGCCCUGCCCGCUCUGCAGCAAGACGUUCUUUCGACUAAGGAAUGUAAGGAAUCACAUCCGCAAUCACGACCCCAAGUUGUACAAAUGCCGAAGCUGCAUCGUUGCUGGUUCCUGAAGUGGCUGUGGGUCUGCUCAGGUAGUUGAACUGUGGAUGACAGCCAUCAGUGUGGGACACCAGUGCACUGAUGUGGAACCAGAGGCACAUGACGGGUCAGCAGUUUGUAUAUAUAAAAGCUUUUGUCACAAACGAGCACAAUUCUGUGUGGGGACAGAAAAGGCAUCAUUACUCUGAUUCUAAUCACGGUCACUGAUUAGCUUAUCUUAUUUAAAAUAAAAUAGGAAAAGUCAACCAAGGUUACUGUUCCUGUCUGCAGUCAAACAGAUUAAGAAAGUUAAACUUGAACAUUUACACUCAGGGGCCGGGAGAACGCGAUGCCACGUUAUUAUAGAAAUCCAGUGUCACAGUUGUGUAUAAAAUGAAAUGUAAAGAUAAUUGUUAUAACUAUUAUUACUGCUACCUAUUGUUAUUAUUUUUCUAUGUAUAGAUGAAUUUUGAGUGCACUUAUAGCUUAUGUUGUUAAACCUAAGAAGUUGUGAUUAAACUGAAGGCGAUGGGAAGCAGGAAUACUUGAAGUGUUGUGCAGAGGUUUGAGGGAAUACUUGAAGAUGGCGGGAAUCGUGAAAGCGAGACUGUCCUGUGGCUGUUUUUUUUUUCUUCUCUCGUAUGUGCAAGAUUUUUAACAAUAUUGACUUAUAUCCCCCGUGCUGGUAUCGCGCAUUAGACGAGUCAGGGGUUGGACGCGGUGCUGGCGUGGUAACAUCGCUGCAUGUGUUUUUAAGGGGGUUUCAUGUUGUCGUCCAUUUGACCUAAAACCAAGCAUUUUAAUAAGGGAAGUUUCGUCUUGUUUUUGAUGUGAAAUUCUAAGAGUGUCACCCCCCCCCCAAUUGGUCAUGACCUGUGUUUACUGACCUUUAGCUCCAUGUCCACCUGAGACUCCCCAUUAAAUCACCCUCCUACUGAGUAAAUGCAAUGUGUGCACAUAAAGAAAUGUUUCUCCAAAAGUUGAUUUUAAAAUUAAAUGAUCUGUCUCUUGCUAUCUGUUAAAAGACUGAAUAAAUUUUUUUGCCUUUUA